GCUACCAGAAGAGAAAACUUGAGUGAUAUCGUUGAAAGUUUUUUUUUUUUUUUUAAAAUAGGUUUACCUCGCUGUGGUGCCUCCUUCGAAGAUCUCAACAAAGCCUUCAAGAUAGAACUAAAUUCAAAUGCAAAUUGUGUCUGGCAAAUUCAUAGGACUUCAAACCAAACAAUUAGGCUCAUCUUCUCCUAUUUUAAAUUUGCUCCUUCUUCAAGCUGUGAAACAGAAAGUAUUAAAGUAUAUGAUGGUCCCUCAACUAAUUCCUCUUUUCUUGGGCAAGUAUGCAACAACACUGACUCAGUUCCAAUGUUUGAAUCAUCUUCGGACAGUUUAACUUUUCUCAUAACAACAAACUCGGAGGAUUUCGCAAGAAGCUUCUUCACCUUCUAUUAUUUCUUCUCAAAAGAAUCAGAAAUUGAAAAUUGUGGGGGACACUUAACUGGUCCCAAUGGGACAUUUAUCAGUCCCAACUACCCCAGGCCUUACCCUGAGUUUACCUACUGUGUCUGGCACAUACAAACAGCUGAAAAAUCGAAGAUAAACUUACAGUUUGAUGACCUUUUCCUGGAACUAGAUAAAAACUGUCAAUUUGAUUUUGUUGCAAUCUACGAUGGCCCCACCACUAACUCUGGCUUAAUUGGAAAAGUAUGUGGUCGUUCUCAGCCCACAUUUGAAUCUUCUUCAAAUGUUAUGACCAUUGUGCUGGCUACAGACUAUGCCAAUUCUUACAGAGGAUUUUCUGCUCAGUACACCAGUAUUGCAUUGCCAAGUUCAGCAGAGCCCAAGAGUAAGUCCAGUUCUUACAUUUUUUACCUAAGAUGCUAUUUCUCAUUAUCACAUGUUCUUUCCCUCCUUGCCAAAUAUGGAAAAAUGAGCUGUUUCAGCAUCAGGCUCAGGCAAACUGAGAACCAUUCAACAGGCUCAAGAAUGGGCCUUGGUUUAGAUCAAGUGAGAAAUGACUGCAGCAUAGUUUGUAGUAACUUCCUUUUUGUUCUUUCAAUGGCAGCAUCCCUUACAUGCUCUUCAGAGGGAAUGAAAAUUGUUCUGAGCAAGUCUUACCUGGACUCCCUCGGUUAUAAUGAAACUCAUCUACAGCUGAAUGAUCCAUCUUGCAGCCCAGUUGUAACAGAUUCAGUGAUCUUUUCCUUCCCAUUAACCAGCUGUGGAACAAUUAAAAUGGGAGAAGGCCAGAGCAUCACUUACACUAACACCAUAACUGCCUCUGCAACUGGAAAUAUCAUCACCCGUCAAAAAAGCAUCGAGAUUAUUGCAAAAUGCAAAAUGGAAAACAAUUCAACCUUAGAAAUCAUGUACAUAACAGAAAACAACAUAAUCCAAAACACAACUGCCAUGGGAAGAUACAAUGUUAGCAUGUCUUUCUAUGACUCAGAUUCAUUCUCCAAGCCUGUACUUCAAUCCCCAUAUUUUGUAGACUUGAACCAAACUCUCUUUGCUCAAGUUAGCCUUCAUUCCACUGACCCAAAUCUUUUGGUGUUCAUCGAUACCUGCAUAGCAUCUCCAAAACCUGAUUUUGGAUCACCAACAUAUGACUUAAUCAGAAGUGGCUGUGAUAAAGAUGACACUGUGGUAACCUACCCGCCACUUGAACACUACGGAAGAUUCAAAUUUAACGCCUUUAGGUUCCUGCAGAGCUUUGCAUCGGUUUAUCUCCAGUGUGAUAUUUUAAUUUGUGACAGCAAUGACAGAAACUCUCGCUGUACUCAAGGCUGUACCUCUAGGCAAAAAAGAGCUACUUCUUCAUACAUGUGGAAAACUAAUGCUGUGGUAGGUCCUAUCCGCCUAAAAAGAGAUCACAGGUCUGCUGAUCAUUCAGGUAAGAGGGAUACACAAAUUAAGAAUCUGACUACGCUCAUUCUUUGUGUUAAUCCACUAUAUUUUUUCCACUAAUAAAAUUGUUGAAAACUAACCUAGCAUCAGAGCAGGGGGUUGAACAAAAAUUUGUGUUUUGUGAGAUCACAGAAGUACUUCUCAGAUUGACCGACGGUCUUUUGGGUUCAGGUGUGCUCUUUAAAGCAGAAGAAAAGCACCGACUCCUAGUUAUAUACAUAGUAAAUGCAGCAUCUGACUCUCAAUUCAGAAGUUAUGAAUGGUAACUAAGAAUUUUAGAUUUUAAAAUUUCAUUUUCUGAUGAAGUAAACAUAAGGAAUAAGGCACCUUUUCAAAGCCACAGACUAUUUAAAAAUGACAUACUAAAUUGGAGAGUAAAUGUUUGCUAUAAUCUUUGUAAAAAUCUUCUAAUAUGCCACAAUCUCUUCCGAGAGUUCUGCAGAAAAGCUAUGCAGGAUGAUAAUCAGAGAUGACGUAAUGCUAGGUUAAAUCCUCAUACUGCAUUGGCUAUUAGAACAAAAAUAUUUUCAAAAGGACAGCAACCGGAGCAAAAAUUAGAAAGCCACACUUUUUAAUUUGAGCUGCAAGCUUUUCAUAGGUUGAGCUUUACUGCCCCAAUCUGAUACCAUCUUUAGCACUGUUUGCAGUCUGCUCAACAAUGGACUGCAUUAGUGGUGAGACCUAAUGCAAAAAAGACUAGAAAACAUGGAAAAGCAAUUUUAAAAAGCUUGUGUGGUAACUAGCACCAUACUCUUGGCGCUAACUUUUCUGGAGCACAAAACCUCACCUGAGAAAAGCAAAUUGUGCUAUGCGCUUUCAGGUGCCACAUCUAAGA